GGGGUGAGAAGUGACGCGCAUGCGCAGUAGAGCUCUCCCGCAGCAGCACGGAGCGCUGCGUCUUGUCAUGACCUCCAAAGCGGAUGUGGAAAUCCUGCCAAAAGAUGCAGAUGCUCCUCAGCGGCCGAGACACCAGAACACCACUGCCAUCCUCUUACCAGCUUCUGCUCAUCCACUGCCAAAAGUGGACGUGUCCCAAACCACGGCAAAGGAAGUGACCCAGGUGGGCGGGACGUGCAGCAUCGUCCACGUUCUGGAGUGGAAGGAGGGAAUGGCGAUUCUGCCAGGCAGCAACCUGAAGCUGUGUGUGAGUGACAGCGGCACUCUGGAGGUGAUCAGUCAGGGGAAAAUGAGCUCAGCAAACCCUCUCACUGAUGGAGCUGCCACCAAAGUCAUGGAUGGAGAACCCAAACAGGGGGUGAAACCCAGCUCAGAUCCUUCAGCAGAUGUACAGGCCAUGUGUGUCGAUGGCGGUCGGCUCAUCAAGGCUAACCCGGAGGUCCAGGAGAACUCGGUUCUGCACAAGAACAACGAUCAGAUGAUGAAACGUUCCUACACCGAGGAGCUCCGGAGAGAUCCAGCACCUGACAAUCUGACAGGAAGUGAGAGGAGUUUGGAAGCAGGAGUGAUGUCGUACGACCCGGAACUCCUGAAGCCGAUGAAGAAGAGGAGGAGGAGGGAUUAUUUAAGUCCCUCUGAGGAAGACUCUGAGCCUGAGCCCAUGGAACGGAAAGCUGAGGAUCUAAAAACAGAAGGACAUGAAAAGACAGGGACGGACGCUAAAGCCGAGUCAUGGUCAUGGGCUCAGUAUCUGGACGAGCAGAAGGCCACUGCAGCUCCAGCCAAACUCUUCCAGGAGUCACAGCGAGUCCCUGAAUGUCCCAACAACUUUAGUCAAGGCAUGAAGUUGGAAGGUAUCGACCCCCAGCAUCCCUCCAUGUACUUCGUCCUGACUGUGGCUGAGGUCUGUGGUUACAGAUUACGUCUCCAUUUUGACGGUUACUCGGACCGCCAUGACUUCUGGGUCAACGCCAACUCCCCUGAUAUUCACUGUCCGGGCUGGUGUGAAAGCACAGGACACAAACUACACACUCCUAAAGGGUGUAAAGAGGAAGAGUUUUCCUGGUCCAGCUAUUUAAAGCUCACCAAAGCACAAGCUGCCCCACAGGAACUGUUCAGCAACCUGGACGACGCCGAGACGGCCGAGGAAGACGGGUUCAAAGUCGGCUUGAAGCUGGAAGCCGUGGACCGCAUGAACCCGUCUCUCAUCUGUGUUGCCACGGUGACAGACAUCGUAGGCAAACGAUUUCUAGUGCACUUCGACAACUGGGACGAUACGUACGAUUACUGGUGCGACGCUCGGAGUCCGUACAUUCACCCCGUGGGCUGGUGUAAAGAGAGAGACCUCCCCCUCACACCCCCACAAGACUAUCCCGAGCCGGGUCGCUUCUCCUGGGAGCGCUACCUGGAUGAGACCGGAUCCACAGCGGUGCCUGCAGAAGCUUUUAAAGUGCGUCCACCUCAUGGCUUCCAGGUGAACAUGAAGCUGGAGGUGGUGGACAGGAGGAGUCCGGCGCUGAUCCGUGUGGCCAGCGUACAGGAAAUGGACACACACAGGAUUAAAAUCCAUUUUGACGGUUGGAGUCACGUCUAUGACGAGUGGAUGGACUCGGAUCAUCCUGACAUUCACCCUGCUGCAUGGUGUGAGAGCACGGGGCAUCCUCUAAUACCUCCUCCAUCCACAUCACCUAGUGUCCCACAGCCUGGUCCCCACAGGGAACCCACAGCUGCAGCGCCACCUAGUUUCACCUCAACGCCGUGCAAAACCGCCACAAAUUCCCGCAGCACCUCUAAAUACAGCUUCCACAACAGGAAGUGCCCGACUCCUGGGUGUGACGGAUCGGGUCACGUGACCGGACGUUUUACAGCGCAUCACUGUAUAUCCGGCUGCCCGUUGGCCGAGAGGAAUCAGGGCCGGGUCAAGAUGGACCUAUCUGACACAGAGGGAUCCAAACGCAACCUCCUCGUCUUUGGACAGAGGGCUAAAAAGUCUCGCUAUCACGGCAGGAUUGGCCGUCCUCCGAAAUAUCGGAAGAAUCAACAACGAGCUUAUCAAAACAUGACUUCAGAGAGCAUGUAUCCCUCCCUGUUCAUGUCAGCACUGACUGCCAGUUCAGAUCGGACUCUCUCGCUCUGCUGGGAACAACACUGUAAGCUCCUGCCUGGUGUUGCAGGAAUUCACGCCAGUCAGGUGGCUACAUGGAGCGUCGAGGAGGUAUUCGGCUUCGUGCAGAAUCUCAUCGGUUGCGAGGAGCAGGCACGGCUUUUCAAGGACGAAAUGAUCGACGGUGAGGCCUUCCUCCUGCUGACUCAAACGGAUAUAGUGAAGAUCAUGAGCAUCAAGUUGGGACCAGCUCUGAAGAUCUACAACGCCAUUCUGAUGUUCAAGAGCACCGAUGAAGUACUGUAGUCGACUCUGACUCUUCAGUUCUGUGCCAUGUUCUCAUCCAUCUACAAUCCACCACCCAUCAUGUGUUUGGUGUUUACUGAUGUCCCCACCAGAGAGAGAGACAGAGAGAGAGAGAGAGAGAGAGAGAGAGAGGUGAUAAAGUGUAACUGAGCCCAGUCAGAAGUGCUGAAUGUUACAGAGUGUUAAUGUGAACCAUCAGCGUUCCUCGUUCUUCUGUCUGCUGCAGUAACUCGCCAACGUCACAUCAGAUGAUCACAAAUGACUUGAGUAAUGAUUCCACUGUCCAGGAGAAAAACAGUGACCCAGCAGCAGCACUUGACGGAGUUUAGAGAAAAAUAAAACACACUUUUUAGUCCCAUACAGUUUUAUUAGAAAAUAAAUAGCUGAUGAAGCUAAAAAACUAAAAAUGCACCAUUUUAAACAUUCGAUACUGAAACCGAGUCGAAUCCUGAAUGUGUUUUAAACAGCAGAAUUCUUUACUAACUGGCCAAAAGUUUAUAUUUUUAACAAACUGCUGUUUCGUGUCAUAUUCAGCACUAUUUAUUAUAGUGAAUUAUCUUCACUAGAAUUCACCCAGAGAUUUAAAGUACAAGGUCUGCACCCUAGACAUGGGCGUGGCAAGCGCGAUAGGGGCGUGACCAGAGUGAAAUGGGCGUGGACUAAAGGAGCACGAGAGAACGAGGAGCAUCCACAAUGGUCCAUAAAGAAAUGUUUUAAAGCCAGUAUUGUGAACGAAUUGGUGCUACCCGAUAAUAACGAUGCACUUUAUAUGAUUGGCCACUAGGGGGAGUAAAAUGCACAUUCUGAGCCAUCAGCCCAGUUCUGGAGCUGUUUUAUUACCAUGAUGAUGAUUAAAUGAUAUGUGACCCACUGGUGUUUGUAAUCAUUCAUAAAGGUAAUGAACUAACAGGGAUUGGUACUGUUUACAUCUAAAGCAAUGAUCAUGUCUGUCUUUUUUGUCUCUCUCUGAUGGGAAAUUUAAGUGGUAUUAAUAAUAAUAAUAAUAAUAAUAAUAAUAAUAAUAAUAAUAAUAAUGUACAGUUCUUAAGUAAAAAAUGUCAUUCAGCUCAUCCACAUGAAUAAACAGUUUAAAUUCGA